AUGCAAAUAUUCGGUCUUGUUUACGAAGAGGUAAAACCUGUUCCUUUACAGAAUGUCAAGGUUGAGGCAAAUGUUGUUGACAUGAUUGCGGAGAUUAUUAUUCAGCAGACCUAUAAAAAUGUUGAAAAUAAUUUAAUCGAAGCCGUAUACAAGUUUCCUAUUUAUGAGGCUGCGGUAAUUUGUGGUUUCGAAGCUGAGAUUGAUGGGGGCAGAACAAUAAAGGGAAUAGUGAAAGAGUCUAAAGAAGCUGUUAAAGAGUAUGAUGCAGCCAUUAAACAAGGUCAUGGCGCCUAUUUGUUGGAGGAAAAACUUGCCGAUGUGUUCCAAUGCACUGUCGGAAACAUCGCCUCUGGCCAGACUGUAGUGAUCAAGAUAACAUACAUCACUGAACUCAAACACGAUGCUGAUUCUGAACAAAUACGAUUCGUCUUACCUACCGCGAUUGCCCCGAGAUAUGGUUCGCCACAUGGUGACAAUACAUCCAUCCAGGAAUCAAUAUCUUAUUCGAGUUCAACCAGUUAUCACCUUGAUCUUAAUGUAACAUGCAGGAUGACUUCAUCCAUUCAGACAAUCGUGUCUCCUUCACAUCAUAUUUCUACUGAAGUUAAUAUUGAUGGAGAUCCAAAAGUUGCAAAGAUUACAUUAGCCGAAGGUGUAACUUAUUUAGAAAAGGACUUUGUAUUGGUUGUUAAAAGUUUGGACCUUGAUGUGCCAAGGGCGUUCGUCGAAUAUAACUCUACAACCGAUACCAAUUGUGUUAUGCUCACUUUGGUUCCCAAAUUUGCACUUAAUGAAACCUUGGUAGAAUUAAUAUUUAUUAUAGAUAGAUCAGGGUCAAUGGGAGGAGAGCCUAUUCAAAAAGCGGCACAAACUCUUCAAUUAUUGCUUCGCUCUCUUCCAGAAGGCUGCUAUUUUAAUGUGGUAUCGUUUGGUUCUCACCACGAUUCAUUAUUCCCGCAAAGUCAACUUUAUUCCGAGGUCACCCUUACUCGGGCUCUCGAUCAUGCAAAAUCCAUGGACGCCAAUUAUGGCGGCACAGAAAUAUAUGAUCCACUAAAAUGGGCGUUCGAAAAUUCUAGGUUUGACAUGCAAACAUCUGUUUUCCUUCUUACUGACGGUGAAGUUUGGGAUGUCGGGACAUUGGUGGAACUUAUUCGCACCAAUGUUGAGCAAAAGAAGGAUCAACUUAGAUUAUUUUCUAUUGGAAUUGGCAAUUCUGUAUCUCAUAAUCUUGUCGAAUCUGUUGCACGCGCUGGAAAAGGCUACGCUCAGUAUGUAACCAUUAGUGAGCGUAUGGAUAAGAAAAUUAUAGGUAUGCUAAAGAAUGCCAUCAAGCCUCCGGUUAAGGAUUACAAGAUUAUCUGGACGGAGAAUGAAUCCGAAUACGAUGAUCUUGAUAAGAAGGAGGCUGAGACAAAACCAACAUUCGGCAUCUUUGACCAAAAUCAUGAUCCUCCUUCACAGGAUUCCGUAGUUACAGAUGUCAAAACCAAACAAGCACCAUUUGUUAUUCCACCGAUUUACUCUGGCGUUAGAUUUAUCGUUUAUUGCAUGCUAGCAAAGGGCGUUAACCCAAAUAAGGAGAUCAUGUUAACCGCACAUUCUCCGGACGGACCCAUGAAACUCAACAUUCCUUUAGACCCAACAAUGUUGCAAGGGUCCAAAAUUCAUACACUUGCCUCUAGGAAACUUAUCCAAGAUCUCGAGGACGGUGCCUCCUUUAUUCACAAGCAUCCAAAGAACAAAGGAAAGUCAAUCUCAGUUUCGGUUAUAGAAGAACAAGUAGUUUAUUUAGGAAUAAAAUUUAACUUAGCAUCAAAAUACACGAGUUUCCUUGCAAUUGAUCAAAGUGAUAAUAAGUCAGUUGGAAAGCUGAUUCAUCCUGAGAAGAGAGAAGUGCCUAUACACCGAUCAUUUUCUUCAUUCAACAGGAUUUCUCAGCAAGCAACUUUAUUAUCUUUAUCGAACAGGAGUUCUUAUCAAUCAGUUUUAUCAGAUUUCAGCAACUCCUUUGUGAGAUCCACCAGUUCAGGUUAUAGUAUGAAUCGGGACCGUCGAGACUAUAUCCUGAAUGAGGAUAGUCUUCCCAUGAUUGCCAGUUCUCCCAGUUCAAGUUAUAGUAGGAAUCCUGUCCAAAAAUUGCAACGGGUUAGCGCGGAAUUAAAGACCAACUUUAAAGAAUCAAAAAUUGAAGUAUUGUACGAGUUUCUUAAAUUCCAGUCCUUUAACGGUGAAUUCAAUAGCGCAAGUUUUUAUCUGUGCUUCGGUAAGAAAGAAGCUAAAGACUUUAAAGAGAUUGGCGUUGAUAACGAAAAAAUUCUGUGCACUGCAUUAGCAAUCGAAUAUUUGGAGGUUGUGAUGUUUGGGCAAUUUAGGGAAGAGUGUGAGAUGUGUUGGGAAAAAGCUAAUAAAGCACUGAGAAAAUUAGUUAAUGAAAAGGAGUUUGACGAUGUUUUGAAAAAAGUCAGAGAUUGGAUAUUAAAGUGGGUAGAAGCAAGUUAA